AUGGGGAAACAACCGGUGAAGUUGAAGGCGGUGGUUUACGCACUCUCUCCAUUUCAACAGAAGGUGAUGCCGGGUCUCUGGAAAGACAUCACCGGUAAGAUCCACCACAAGAUCUCCGAGAACUGGAUCAGCGCCACCCUCCUUGUCGCACCCGUCGUCGGCACUUACUCGUAA